CGCGGACCACCAUGGUGAAAAUAACCCUGAGAGUAACACAUGAUAACAUGGUGUAGCUGGGGGAAGACUCUCUUCUACCUCAUAUUUCUCCAUUCCCCGGGCCUGGCGGCGGCAGUAUGGACCAUAGGUGCAGGAAGCGUGUCAGGGAGGCCAAGAAGAAGGCUAGGCCAGAAUUGUGUGUGGAAAAAGGAGUCUGGACUAAGCUGGAUUAUAAAAACAAGUUUGAUUGCAGUCUUGAUAAAAUAAAGGAUAAUGCGGAACGUAUCAGUGCAAAUGAGGUUACGGUUGAAGAGUUUAUAGAGCGUUAUGAGAAGCCUUACAAGCCGGUGGUGAUUAGAGGCAUCACAGAAAAUUGGAAGGCGCACUACAAAUGGACAUUAGAGAGACUAGCCAAAAAAUACCGGAAUCAGAAGUUCAAAUGUGGAGAAGAUAAUGAGGGUUAUAGUGUAAAGAUGAAGAUGAAGUAUUAUAUUGAAUAUAUGAAAACAACAGAUGAUGAUAGUCCACUAUACAUUUUUGAUAGUAGUUUUGGUGAACACGUUCGACGUAAAAAGCUCCUGGAGGAUUAUGAAGUGCCGAAGUAUUUUCGGGAUGACUUGUUUAAAUAUGCCGGUGAAGACCGGCGUCCUCCCUACAGAUGGUUUGUUAUGGGACCCUCUCGCUCUGGCACCGGUAUUCAUAUAGACCCUCUGGGAACUAGUGCUUGGAAUUCACUGUUGCGUGGACACAAACGAUGGUGCUUGUUCCCAACUGACACACCAAAGGAAAUGAUUAAAGUAACUUCUGCAGAAGGCGGGAAGCAAGUAGAUGAGGCAAUAACAUGGUUUUCAGUCAUAUAUCCUCGUACUCAACUUCCCUCCUGGCCAGAGAAAUACAGACCAUUAGAAUUGAUACAAGGGCCUGGGGAGACGGUGUUUGUGCCUGGAGGCUGGUGGCACGUCGUCAUCAACCUUGACAGCACCAUUGCCAUCACUCAGAACUUCUGCUCUUGCACAAAUUUUCCUGUGGUGUGGCAUAAAACUGUGCGCGGCCGUCCGAAGCUUUCAAAAAAAUGGCUUCGGGUUUUACGGGAAAAGAAGCCAGAACUCGCUGUUGUGGCAGACAAUACUGACACGAGUAAAAGUUCAGGCAUGGCCUCAGAUUCUUCAUCAGAUUCCUCUUCCUCCUCCUCCUCGUCUGAUGAUUCUUCUUCAUCUGAAAGUAUGUCGGACAGUGGCCAGGAAAGCUUACCCGAGCAUAAAAAGAAAAGAAGGAAGAAACACAACUCCCCACAGCGAUCCUGAGGAAACAAGUGAUAGCUCUUUGGAAAAUUAGUUCUAGCUGUAGAUUACCAUACUCAUUGCCCAAGAUUAUUUACCAGUUAAAGCAUUAACUCUACCAUAUUAUUAAUCACACUUUUUCUAUCUUAUAGACAAGGAAGAAACGUAAAGCUUGUAUUGUACACAUGAUAGGUUAUCGAAAGGUCUUGGCAAGAGGAACUUUAUUUAUUCUGGAAUAUGAGUGGACGGGCAUUAACAGUAUAAAAGAUUUUUAGGAAACCGAGCAGUAAUCUAGGGAUCAUUAUGCUCUUUCUUGUAGAUGACUGCAGUUGCUCCAUCUUUAAUAACUAUUUCUGCAGUUACUGUAUGUUUAAUGCUAUAUCUGAUAAUAAUUGAAGUUGCUGUGUAUUGAUCAUUGAAGUUUAUGGAAUCAGUGUCACUUUUAAGUAUAAAUCCAGUGCUCUAAUGUUAAGUUAUGAUUGAAUGUGUAAUUUUAAUACUACAUAACUGUAGUCAGUUUUAAAAUUAAGGUGUAUUUGUAGGGGUGAAAUAUUCAGCUAGUUUAUCCUCCUCAUCCCUGUAUGUAUCUUUCUGUGUAGGCUGGCCCAAUUGUGUAUUUUUAUAUUUAACUAAUGAAUCUUAGCAGGAGAUAACUUUAAAUUGUAAGCAAAUUUUAAUGAUUUUUCUCAUCUUCCUCAGCAACAUUAUUAUUAUUAUAUUUUGGGGGAAUUAGGUUUGAUCCAAGGAAGGGAGUAGCUUCCCAAAGUUUAGUCAGAGUUUUGGUGUUCCCAUAAGUUUGAUUUAACUUCAUUUAUAUAUCAUUAAUAUUUUACUGAAGAAAUUCUUUGGAAGUUAGGACACAUGUGCAACAUCUGGAUAUCUUUAUUGUAGACGUUUCGCCAUCCAGUGGCUUUAUCAAUACAGAUUCUAGGACAUAAUAGGAAGACAGUAGAACUAUAUACAAAAGAUGAGGUAAUCAGUCUCUCAGCCUUGGAGUUAGUGUUCACAGCAUCGUGGUGGAGGAGAAUAUGGAGCAAAGGCAAGAAGACUGGCAGUUAUAUAGGCGUCAGUGGAUAAGGACGGGCAGCAGACGAGGGCAUAGUCACUGGUAGGCGGGAUUCCCCAGUGGAAGUAGGUCCUUCCCAAAGAGAUGGGUUAGUUGCAGUAGCCGUGAAGAAGGUCUUGUAGAUGUCCUAUGCAACUAACCCAUCUCUUUGGGAAGGACCUACUUCCACUGGGGAAUCCCGCCUCCCAGUGAUUAUGCCCUCGUCUGCUGCCUGUCCUUAUCCACUGACGCCUAUAUAACCGCCAGUCUUCUUGCCUUUGCUCCAUAUUCUCCUCCACCACGAUGCUGUGAACACUAACUCCAAGGCUAAGGGACUGAUUACCUCAUCUUUUGUAUAUAGUUCUACUGUCUUCCUAUUAUGUCCUAGAAUCUGUAUUGAUAAAGCCACUGGAUGGCGAAACGUCUACAAUAAAGAUAUCCAGAUGUUGCACAUGUGUCUUAACUUUCAUAUUGUCGGUAUUUUAUACCUUUCUUACACAAGAAAUUCUUUAACUUCCAUAGUUUUACAUAGGUGCAAGAAGCACGAGUAGAAUAUCUGUAAAUUAGUUUUUCAUGUAUUGUGCUCAGAGAAGAGAAUCUUGAAUGAACGGUGAGUUCUAAUGAGAGCUGUGAAAGGGAAGAACAAUAAUGUUAACAAGAUGCAUAGGAGGGAAGACCAGCUCAAAUAUUAGCAAGGUAUGUAGGUGGCUAGGCUUCAGGAAUUUUAUAAAAAUGUAAGUGGUUAAUUCCAGUACGAAUUCUGGGAUAUGUCGGUGGAAAGGCCAGAAGGAAUUUUAAGAUAAGUGGCUGGGCCAAUAGAAGCAUUAAAAUAUGUAAGUGGCUAGGUCAGUAGGUGUAUUGAAAUGCAUAGGUGACUAAUUCCAACAGGAAUAUUAAGAUAUGUAAGUGGCUAGACCAGUGAGAAUAUUAAGGAUAUGUUUCUGGAGAGUUUAUCUGGAGAGAGUUCCGGGGGUCAACGCCCCCGCGGCCCGGUCUGUGACCAGGCCUCCUUAGGUCAGUGUCCCAGGAUGCGACCCACACCAGUCGACUAAUACCCAGGUACCCAUUUUACUGAUGGGGAACAUAGACAACAGGUGGAAAGAAACACGUCCAAUGUUUCUACUCUGGCUGGGAAUCGAACCCAGGCCCUCACCGUGUGAAGCGAGAGCGUUAACCACCAGGCCACCAGUAGCUAGGCCAGGAGGAAUGUUAAUGUAUGGGAGGCUAGGCCAAUCAGGUAUGUAAAUAAGACACUUGGUACAUGAUACCGUCUUUGACCAACAAAUAAGGUGCAGUACAUUUAAGCCUACUAGGUAGUAAAUAUCACCCUUGCCCUAUUCAGAAAAAUUUGUUACAAAAAAUGUAAGUAGAAUAUCGUAAAUGUACGUGCCAUGUCUACAACUCUUGUGAAUCGGACAGUGAGAGAGUUUCGUUUAACAUUUUGCUUUCGGUGGUGCUUUAAAAGUACAAUCAUUCUUACAAAUUUGCAGGUUCUGAUUAUCCAACAUUUUGACUUGAUAAGCAACUCUGUAAUAAUUUAUGCCGACAAUUUUGUUUUAGUCACUCUACCUCUAGAGUGUAGUUGACCCCCUCAGUGAUUUGCAGGGACAACUGUACUGACAAAGGUUCCACUGAAAGUGAAGCAUAAAACAGUCUCUUUCUGUCCAUGUUUUUAAUUAAUUUGUCGGCUUCUGCCCAAAUUGAAUACAUUUCAUGUGUUACUGUUCCUUGUUUGAGAGAACGUGAUUAUCCAGUAUUAUUGCAUAUAGUAGACUGUACAAGACCUUUCUAAUUAGUAAAUUUCUGAGAUAAUUGAUAUGUGGUCUUGUUUUGUUAUGCCAUUCCUAGAAGUUUUCAGUCAACCUUAUUCAGAAUUCUUUUAAUAGUAAGAUAUAAUUGGUGUUUGAGGAAAAAAUAUGGAAAUACAUAUUAGCAAUUUAACUGUUAGAGUUUGGGGGUGGGUAGCCCCAGCUGUUAGUUCCACCUCUUAACUUAUGAACUGUAUUAUUUCCAGUAUUCCCUUAUAAUAAGACUUUAUCCUCUUGUGUUUUAUAAAGAAAUGUUUAGUGAGAUGCCUCCCUGUAUUGAACUGUAUUAUUGAUUUUGGUCUGUCCUAGACCGCAACAUUUAGGUUUUAGGUCAGUUCCUAAUAGAUUUGCAUUUUUUAUUAAUGGGAAAGCGUUAAACCCCCAAGAGGGGGUUAGCGCUGAGUGUCCCACCUGAGUGUCCCACUACCCAGGGGGUAGUGGGACACUCAGGUUUGAGCCAAGGAAGGGGAUGGUAGCUCCAAUUCCUUUGAUGAAGAGCCCUUCAAGUGUAAUGGAUUUGUAAGGGUUGAUUACUGGCAUUCAUCAUAUUUAAGGUGCUUCUGAAUGGUGCCCUUAAGUCAUAAUGCUGGAAAUUAGAUUUAAUGAAGUCAACACGUCCUCCUAAGAUAGUGUAAGUUUUUUUUUUUUUUUUUUUUUUUUUUUUUUUUUUUUUUUUUUUUUUUUUUCUUCCUGACUAAAAAGACUGGCUAUACAGUGACUUGGACAUUGUAAUGUAAAUGUUAGGAUUUUAGUCAUGCUUCCUCAGUCUUCUCUGGGGUCACAUGUAUGCUGUAAGUCAAAAAUAGUCUCACCUGUAUGCAUGAUUUCUUUUAUUGAUGUUUGUUAUAGUUUAAAUAUUAAUUGACCAACCUAAUCUAAAUGAUUUAUGUAGAAAGACUGGCUUAGGUAAAUAAAUUAAAAAAAAUAAUAUUGGCAUUUGGAAGACGUGUUAACUGCAAUUUUGUGUGAAAUUUGAUGUCCAUAUUAAAAUUUUCUUUGUGUUAAUUUGGUCUUAACAUUUAUAUUUAAAGCAGAACAAGUCUCUAAAGCUGUGUAUGUUUGCUGUGAUCUUCCAUAUAAUUGUGGAAGGAGUGACACUGCUUUAGAAAAUUGGCACAGUAACUAGGGAAAGACACAGAAUGAGGCAAGAAUCAGUGCUAUUUUGAAUUUUGUAAUGUCAUUACCAGAAUGGUACGACAUUCCUUGAGUUUAAAUGCAAGUAGAGUAUUCAGAUUGGUAUUUUUAUUUUGACCACCCAAUAUUUUGGAACAACAGAAGCUUAACAUUGUGAUCACUUUGGUGUCUGACCUCAACCUAAUGUACUUUCUUCCACUAAUGUUUGUUCAUCCGUCCAUGCCAUCCAUGUUAACUUCAACGAUAAGAGCUUUUUAUAAUCAGGCAAAGCACAGAAUGGGUGGGGGUAUAUUGCAGGUCAGAGGGUCAUUUGAAUUGGAAUGUAUGUGCACUUCUGGCAACAGCUCUUGAAUGAGUGAUGGUGGAUGUAUUUUCUUUGACUUGCACUAUCUUGGGAAAAUGGCCAGUGUUAAAAACAAAAAUUGACAUGGCAUGAUCACAAGAAUUCUCUUACAUGUUUUUUUCAUUUUUUUUUUCCAUUAUUUGUGUAGUAUUCCACGAUACAGGAAAAAAUAUAAUAAUAUCUCAAGUUACCAUAUAUUCUCUGAAGUUGUAAGUACUGUACUGUAUAUUACUCUUUAACGCUUAAACUGUCCAAAUGUAGAUCUAUGUCCACGUGCGGGGGGCUCCGAACAUAAAUCUACGUUUUUUUACAUGCUUUCAAAUAGGGAAAAUCAAUACACAAAUAACCCGCACAUAAAAGAGAGAAGCUUACGACGACGUUUCGGUCCGACUUGGACCAUUGACAAAGUCACACUAACAGAGGUGGAGCAGGACGGCUAUAUAUAGGCCUUUUUGUUAUUUAUGGACCCCGCAGUUAAGCGUCAUAUUCUCUCCAACUUUUUUAAUGUUCUUCCCUCUUUUAAACCCCUCUUUCCACCUCUUCCUGCCUAUAUAUAGCCGUCCUGCUCCACCUCUGUUAGUGUGACUUUGUCAAUGGUCCAAGUCGGACCGAAACAUCGUCGUAAGCUUCUCUCUUUUAUGUGCGGGUUAUUUGUGUAUUGUUCCAGUCACGGUAUUGUGCCAUUUUGUUAUUUAGGGAAAAUCAAGGUCGGAGCGCUACGCACGUGAACGUAGAUCUACGUUUGGACAGUUUAAGGGUUAAUAGCAUUCACUGCAAGUGUUACAGUUUUAAUGGUUUCUGUAUGCCUGUGCAAAAAACCUUGAACUGAGAUGUACUCUGGAAAUAUUUGUAUUUAGAUUUUGUUUUGAAUAUCUGUUUUAUCUAGUUUAAAUUCUGUUGCAAGUGUAAUUUAACAAAGUGAUCUGUAUUG